GUCCAGCCAGCCACCUUACAGCCCCGCAGCGGGACUGGUGUGGGGCCUGUAUGGCCCGCGGCUGACGAAGUCCUCCGGAAACGCGCUGGCCCUCCGUGGCCCUCUGGCGGCCGCCGCGCGCUGCGCACGACUCGCCACUUGAAACGCGUUGUGCUUCAUCAGCUCGACGGACAGGAGCUGGCUCCAGUGGUUGACGAUGCUCUCUCGGAAAGCUGUGUACUCCUCCAUGGGAAUGGAUGUAAGGCGAGGCUUUCGUUUGGCGAGCAUCUUGAGAAAAUCCAUGGUCUUGUCUCCGAAUCUGCCGAAUGUCUCCGCAGCGAGGGGCACGAAGCGGAAGCCGGCCGCUUGGGUGAUUGGUCCAUACUUGUCGAUCUUGUCUUUCUCCGCAAGCUGAGCCGCCUUGCCACCUGGGAGCUGCGCACCACGCCGGUUGACUGUUCGGUGGAAGGGGAUGGGGGAGUUGUCAGGGCGGCAAGGGUGGGCGACGGUGACGUCGAGCAGGUAAUCACUGCCGUCGAUCACACAAUAGAUGUCCAUGCGCUGGUUGUUGGGGUUGUCAUCAGGCGGGGUGAUGCCGAGGCUGUGCAGAGACACCUCCACAUUGGAGGGAACAUCUGCUUCAGCCAGGAUGCGAACAAAGAAGUUGUGCAUGUUGUUGUGUCUCGUGACUCGCUCACGGCCCGUGUGACACACGUAGAAGUGAUCGCCAAAGUUGUCCACCUCCCCGCCGCAGAUGCAUCGCUGCGAGACGGUUGCGUGCGGGAGGGCAAUGCCGAGACACCCGGCGACGGCGUGGCGAUACUGGAAGUUGUUCAGUGUCUUGCUAUCGCUGGAAGGGAUUGCUGACAGCCAACCAGACGAAAGAGGCCGUUGGCAGCUCAGAAGACGGGCGCGGGCUCUGCUGUCGGGGGGGAGGGACUUGAAGAGCUCGUUGAAGCGGAACUUGUGCAGUUGAUCGGUCAGGCGCUGCUGUAGCCGAACCUGCGGUCUCGAGAGAAAGUCUUGGAGGGAGGGGAGGGAGAAGGAGGGGCCGACCACCUCAGAGAUGGCAGCGAGGGCGGGGACUGCCGCUCGAAGCCAUGGCAGAUCCAAAAGAGCAGCGGGCCCACCUUGAGGCAUCCACGGUGCUCCUCGGAACCGGCUAGAGACGUCAAAAGCCGUCACACCGAUCGAGCCCAGAAAAGCCGCACGGGCAAUCGUGGAUGCGGAGACAAGGCCAAACCCUCCCAGCCGAAUGGGUAGCUGCACUUGUGCGGAAACCGAGUCGGGGAAGUCGCCGGGAAAGCGGAACAUGCGCUUGAAUGCCAUAAUAAUGGCGGCGUCAUAUCGCUCGGCGGCUGCCAG